UUGAUGUGAAAGCAGCGAGGAAGCAGCACAUUCAGAGACACUCCUGUUUAAUCGAGUCCUGCAUUGAAGAGAUGAAGCUUUAUCGUCUCUUUGUUUUCUGCCUGAUGGCGUCUGCAAGCCACAGUCAGGGAAGUGAUUUUUACAAAGGAGAAAGAGGAGAAAGAGGAGAAAGAGGAGAAAAAGGAGAAAGAGGAUUUCCUGGAUCUCCUGGAUUUCCAGGAAAUCCUGGACUUGGAAAUCCUGGACUACCAGGAAUUAAGGGAGAACGUGGAGAUGUAGGACCUCUAGGACCUAAUGGAUCAUCAGGACAACCUGGAUUCCCAGGACCACGUGGACGAAAGGGACAACCUGGAUCAGUUUUCAUGUGUGGAAGAGAUCCUGUUGAUUCUUUAAGAAAGGAUCUGGACACGUUGACGAGGACCACGGCACAGUUAAACCAGGGUAGGUCUUUUGACUUUGUGAGGAGGGUUGGUCAGAAAUACUUUGUGUCCAACAAGGAGACAGACUCGUUCUUGAAGGCCGUCCAGUUGUGCUCCCAGCGAGGCUUGGAGCUGGCUCUGCCCCAGAGUGAGGAGGAGAACAACGUGCUGACUCAGCUGAUUGGUGAAACUAUCAGAACAGCCUGGAUCAGUGUCAACAAUGAGAAAGCAGAGGGCAACUUUGGGUCUGAUGGGAAAAAUCGACCUCUGACCUUUACCAAAUGGGGAGAAGGAGAACCGGACGGGAGCAUCCAGGUUACAGGAUGCACCACGGUGUCUGAGAACGGCGUCUGGAGAGUGACGCAACACUGCUCUCUGAGCGCUCUCAUCAUCUGUCAGAUAUAG